UUCAAGUCUCUGAAUCCACCAAACUACCAAUCUUCCAUGGAGAAAGGAGAUCCUUGCGUCGUUAUGGUUCCAUGUCCGGGCUUCAGCCAUCUCAUUCCACUCAUUGAGCUAGCGAAACGACUCGUCGUUCACCACCCUGACUUCCAUGUCACUUUCCUCAUCCCAACAUUUGGUGCGCCGCCCUCGUCAACCACACUAUCCAUCCUCCAAUCUCUUCCAGCAAACAUAGAAUUCACAGUUCUUCCACAAGUCAACCAAAACGACAUGCCUCCCAAUGCCUUUCAUCCAGUAACACACAUGAAUCUCACUGUGACAUACUCUCUUCCUUCACUUCAUCAGGCCUUGAUCUCACUGAAUUCUCGAACUCACCUUGUUGCUAUGAUUGCUGAUGUGUUCUCAGUGGACGCAUUAGAAGUUGCAAAGCAAUUUAACCUCAAGACAUACGCUUAUUGUGCUUCAUCAGGUGCUUCGCUGAGCUUUCACCUCAAUUUUCUCGAACUGGACAAGGAUCUUGAAAUCGCUUCUACUGAGUUUCCAGAGCUACAACGACCCGUGAAACUUCCAGGUUGUGUAGCUCUUCAAGGCAAGGAUCUCAUGGACUCGGUUCAAGAAAGAGCAAGUGAAUCCUACAAAACAAUUCUUCAUAUCAGUAAAGGAUUGGAUUUGGCGGAUGGUAUCAUACUCAAUAGCUACAUCGAUUUGGAAAGGAAGGUGAUAACAACAUUACAAGAAAGUAAUCAUAAAUACCCCCCAAUUUAUCCAUUGGGACCCAUUUUACAAAGUGAAUCGGCUAGCUUGAACGAGUCAGAUUCACUGUGUUUAAAAUGGUUAGACAAUCAACCACCAAACUCUGUUCUAUAUGUUUCUUUUGGGAGUGGUGGAACACUGUCACAAGAACAGCUUAAUGAGCUAGCCUUAGGGUUAGAGAUGAGUGGCCACAAGUUCUUGUGGGCCACGAGGGCUCCAAAUAGGGUUGCUAGUUCGGCUUAUUUGUGCGCACAAAAGGAGGACCCACUGGAUUACUUGCCAAAAGGAUUCCAUGAGAGGACCAAAGAUCGUGGUCUUGUGGUCCCAUCUUGGGCCCCACAAAUUGAAGUCCUGAGGCACAAGUCCACUGGUGGGUUCUUGACACACUCUGGUUGGAACUCCACACUAGAAGGUGUGUUCUAUGGAAAGCCAAUGAUUGUGUGGCCACUGUUUGCAGAGCAAAGAAUGAACGCAGUGAUUCUAACUGAAGAAUUGAAGAUUGCCGUAAGGCCAAAAGAGAAUGAAAAUAAUAAUGGGAUUGUGGAAAAGGAGGAAGUUUCUAGAAUUGUAAAGAGUGUCUUGGAAGGUGACGAAGGCAAGGAGAUUAAUAAAAGAAUUCAAGUGUUUAAGAAUGAUGCUGUUAAAGCACUUGGAAAAGAUGGUUCCUUUACAAGGGCACUCACUAGUUUAGCACUUCAAUGGAAAAAUUUGAGUGGCAAAUAGAAAGAUGCGAACCCUUCAGUAUAUUUUAUAGUUAAUUUCUCAUAGUGGUGUGCCUUUUAAUUUAUCUUUAACAAUAAAUUUCUUUUUUAAGUCUCACGCUGUAUUUUUAUCAUAGGAUGUCUAAUUUUGGUCAAAAUUGAAUGGAUAUAUUCCAGAUUCCUUCCCUGUUCCAACUGUGAUGUAUAAUUCAUUUAGAACAAAAAGUUCUAAUUAUUUUAUAGCUGUGUUCAAAUUUCAA